AUGGGUCGUCUUCACAGCAACGGAAAGGGUAUCUCUUCGAGCGCCAUCCCAUACUCGCGCACCCCUCCAUCAUGGCUCAAGACCACCCCCGAGCAGGUCGUCGACCAGAUCUGCAAGCUCGCGAAGAAGGGCGCCACCCCAUCGCAGAUUGGUGUCUACCUCCGUGACAGCCACGGUGUCGCUCAGGUCAAGGUCGUCACUGGUAACAAGAUCCUCCGUAUCUUGAAGGGCAACGGCCUCGCACCAGAGAUCCCAGAGGACCUUUACAUGCUCAUCAAGAAGGCUGUCGCCGUCCGCAAGCAUCUCGAGCGCAACCGCAAGGACAAGGACAGCAAGUUCCGCCUCAUUCUGAUCGAGUCCCGUAUCCACCGUCUCUCCCGCUACUACAAGACCGUUGGUGCUCUCCCACCAACCUGGAGAUACGAGAGCGCCACUGCCAGCACCCUCGUCGCAUAA